ACUUUUAAUAUUAUCCUGCUUAUUAUCUUUAAACUACAGUAUUUUAUGUGACAACAUAAAAAAGAAUAAAAAACUGUCUUCAUGAUUCGUUAAAAAUGGGAUGUCAAAUUUUCAGUUAUAAAAGAUUGAUAAGAAUAUAUACUGUAGCUUUACAAGAAUUUAGUUCUCACCGCAAUAUAAGAUUAUGUCUUUGUAUAUAAAACAAUGUUUUUUUAAUGCUAGCACUCCUCAUACAGUGCAGUACAGUAGUCAGCAAAACACACACACACACACCCAUAUAAACACACACACACCUACAGCACCUACAGUAUAUAAACAAAGAAUUGCCAUCCCAUGAAGGUUUGCUUAGCUUUAAACAACCUUUAUGUAAUGCCCCUGGCAAUGGGCGUUAUAAAAAAACUGAUUACCAUAGUAAAUACCCCACAGCUGAGUGGAAGCAGAAGUUAGACAGUUUUAUUUUUGUUUUGAUUCAUUAGAUUUCAUUUCAUCUAAACUCAGGUGAUUGUCAUAGAUAGAAUCAGACACUUUCCACCAAUCAGGUCUUUCUUGAUUGUCAGCCAAAGGAAAAGCUAUUGCUCUUCCUCACAACAGCCGAAAUCCCAAAAGGGCUAAUAUCCUGGAAUGAGUAAGACGCUUGUUUGCAGCAUCAGACAUGAACUGGUUGUCCCUAGAAGUCCUGCUUGGCGGGGUUAGCCAAUACUCCACUGUGUUUGGCCGUGUCUAUCUCUCCGUGGUGUUCAUCUUCCGAAUCCUGGUGUUUGUGGUGUCUGUCCAGCAAGUCUGGAACGACGAACAGAAAGACUUCAUCUGCAACACGGCCCAGCCAGGCUGCACCAAUGUCUGCUACGACCAGUUCUUCCCCAUAUCCCACAUCCGUCUAUGGGCUCUCCAGCUUAUUUUCGUCACUUGUCCAUCUCUCAUGGUGGUCGCUCACGUCAAAUAUCGACAAAUGAAGAAUGUGAAGUACAACACUGCCCGCAAUGGUGAAAACAUGUAUGCAAACCCAGGAAGAAAGCGUGGAGGCCUGUGGUACACCUAUAUCCUCAGCCUGUUAUUCAAAGCCGGCUUUGAUGCAGCAUUCUUGUAUAUUUUGUACUACCUUUAUAAAUUCGACAUGCCAAAUGUUACCAAAUGCACUGCGGAACCUUGUCCAAAUACAGUGGACUGCUAUAUCUCCCGUCCCACAGAGAAGAAAAUCUUCACUCUUUUUAUGGUGGUCUCCUCCUCUGUGUGCAUCUUCAUGUGUAUCUGUGAGAUGGUGUAUCUGAUUACAAAGAAAGCUGGCAAAUUUCUGCACAAAAAGAGUGAGGAGAAUAGAAACUACAUAAGCAGAAGGGUGGAUCCGACGGCCAUGUCCAACCAGAAUCUCAACAAUCUUAAAAUGGCACAGGCUGCAGAAGAACUAAAAAAUUCUGAGAUGAUCCAUUCCGAGUUGAACAAAUUAUAUGAACGCUGACUUUGUAAUGAAUUAUAAUAGUAGACACAAUGAACUUGAAUAAUAAUGUAGAUAAUAUGAUUAAUGCAUACACUAAAUGGGAUAUUUGCACUUUAAAGUAACUAAUAUAUGUCUUUUUUGUAUACAGUAUGUUAUAAUUGUGAUGAAAUUGGAAGGUCAUCUUGUGUCUCAUUUACUCAUUUAAGAUGUACACUGCCACCUAGUGUACUUAUCCAAGUGUAGGAUUGUUCACAAAACACUGAUAGCAUACAGCACUUAAACCCUUGAAAAAGGUACUGUAUUAACUGUGGACACAUUAAUGCCUUCCUUAUUUUCUAAAAUAGCUGUGUUUGUACUAUAUAAUGUAAUAGUCUGUGUAAGUUAGUGCACUGUGUAUUCAUAUUGUUUACAGGAAUCAUGCUGUGAAAUAUACCAAAUGUGGCAGGGUAUAUUUUGAACACGACUCAUUAGAUUUGAAUAUUAUUAAUGCUAUUUAAUAAACUACUUAAUGCGA